UUUACAUAGCCCUACGCCGUCGACCUCUCUAUAUGUGCCCCCCCCAGACAGUUUGUCACUCUUCCGUCCAAUCUUGAUUUUCUAGCUUUAUUGAUGAAACUAUUGUAAUUGGUCAUUGAACUCCAUGAUAAUUUUGUUGCUUUGCUCCUAUGGCAACUAGACGGCCUCAUAGGAAGUCGCGGAAGGGUUGCACCGCCUGCAAACAGAAGCACAUCAAGUGUGAUGAACGUCUUCCUAAUUGUGGGAAUUGCCAAGAUCGCUGGAUUGCCUGCACGUAUCUGUCGAAGAGAAAUCCACCAUCUUCUACCUCCACGAGAGCGAGUUCACAGCAGGUGUCUGAUACUCAUUCUCAAGCCAUAGUAUCAUCACCUGGUGCCUCCUUAGUACCAUUUCACAUACCGCAAGCAUAUAAUAUUGAGGCUCUUAAACUUCUUCACCACUACACGAUCAAUGUUUAUGACUCUCUCAGCACUAUUAUUCCACAGCAGAAAGUAUGGCAAACAUCCGUUGUACAGAUAGCCACGCGAAACGGUUUCCUUCUUCGCGGGAUUCUCUCUCUAUCUGCUUUACAUAUUGCCCUUGAUGGCUGCGAAAAUUCUCAGAUUAUGGUGGCGGAGGCUGCCCGCCACCAAAAUGCGGCACUAGUAGAGUACCGGCGUCUCAUAAACACUGGCGAUAUUUCGCCAGAAAGUCAACGCGCCGCUUUCUUGUUCUCAGCCUUUCUGGCCAUGUGUGGAUUUUGCUUCAUUCGUGCAGAUGGAAAGUUACUCGAGUCAAGUAAGGGCGAUCGGGGUAUUGAUGAGUUCUUGGCUUGCGCCAACUUGGUCAGGGGCAUGGUUGGCUUGCAUGCUCUGUGGGAGCAAAACAUCUUCUGUGAUGAACUCUACGCUACUACACGGAGUGGUCCGCCUACAGAUUUAUACCCCGAUAUUGGUGGCGAUGUCACUACGGAGCUGCGUGCUCUAUCCGAUCUUGUUACUCGCUGUGAGGCCGAAACAUGCACGAAGACGUCUAAAAUUUGCCAAGAUGCUGUUCAACAGCUUAUUUAUUCAUUCGAUGUAAUCAGGAAGAUAACGGUAGACAGAAGCUUGACGUCGCCAGUUACAGCUGGACUUAUGUGGCCUGGUAUAAUUUCCAAAGACUAUCUCAUUCUUUUGACUCAACGAAACCCUCUCGCCGUUCUUAUUCUUGCUUAUUUUGGAGUUUUAUUGCAGCGGCUCGACUCGUUCUGGUUUUUCCGGGGGUGGGGAAAGCAUCUGGUCGAGACAAGCGCAUACAUCCUGGGUGACUCGCACGCCGACCUACUUGCCUUCCCAAAAGCGUCGGUAAGACUAUGUGAUGUUGAUCAUCGGUGCAGCCUCGGACAAACUCCAAAGUUCGGCCUUUAAACAAGGGUCCAGGCCAAAUGGCCAUUAGGGGUCAGCUUUCUCUAGUAAAAAUUCUUCAGGCGUUAAAUAAUAGAACCUAGCUAUAAGUCGACCACUCUACUUUCGGGCCACCCUUGUUUUCGGCCACCCUUUUACACCAAAAAUUACUUUUUUGGCCUAUUAAUAUCUCUAUUAAUAUUGAAUACAAUUAGUAAAAAUUUAUAUACAUAUAAUUCAAAUUAUUUUAGGCUUAUAUUAGAAUUUUUAGAUCUUUAGGAUUUUUCUGGAUUGAGAUUUAAAGCUUCAAAAUAUCGAUUUUUCAAUU